AUGAGUGUCCGAGUCGUCGCGCGAAUCCGACCACUCCUCAAGUCCGAGCUCUCGAAGGACGAGAUCUUAACUACCUAUGACGGACCAGAUGGAAAGCCAGCCAUCGUGAAGCUUCCCAAUCCCAAAAACUUGUCCGAGGAAUACAGCUUCCAGUUCAACAGUGUCUAUGGGCAAGAGUCGACGCAGCAGGAGAUCUUCGAUGCUGAGGUAACCCCCACCGUGAAACACCUCUUCCUCGGCUACGAUGUCACAAUCUUCGCCUAUGGCUCCACUGGUACCGGCAAGACGCACACCAUGCGGGGCGGGAAGUCGUUGCAGGAAAGAGGCAUGAUCCCGCGCUUGCUGAGCAGUAUCUAUCGAAAGAGCCGGGCUUUGGAGAAGAGCAGCCAUGGCGAGACGUCCGUCCAGGUUUCCAUGAGCUACUACGAGAUAUAUAAUGACCGUGUAUUCGAUCUGUUCGACGGCCCUGAGAAACGUACCCCGACCGGGCUACCUAUCAGAGAAGCUGAAGGUGGGAAAACCGUGGUGGUCGGACUGACAGAGGUCCCUUGUUCGACUUUGAAAGAUUUUGAAGCCCUCUACGACAAGGCGAAUUCGAACCGAAGUACGGGCGCAACCAAACUGAAUGCACACUCGUCCAGAUCCCAUGCAAUUCUUUGUGUCAAAGUCACAGUGGCGACUCCUGAUGAGACGAGGGUCAGCACGGCCUGUGCUAUUGAUCUUGCCGGCUCCGAAGACAAUCGAAGGACUGGAAAUGGUAAGGACCGGAUGGUUGAAUCCGCCAGCAUCAACAAAUCCUUGUUUGUCUUGGCGCAGUGUGUCGAAGCUAUCAGCAAGAAACAGCAACGAAUUCCUUACCGAGAAUCCAAGAUGACUCGGAUUCUCUCUUUGGGCCAGAAUAAUGGCUUUACUGUCAUGAUCUUGAACCUCGCCCCUGUCAAAGCAUACCAUCUCGACACGCUCAGCUCUCUGAACUUCGCCAACAGAACCAAGAAGAUUGAAGUCCGCGAGGUGGAGAAUGAGCCUAUCUUUAAAGGGCCCCCUCGCCCAGCUACCACCGCUCCUUCAGGAGGCCCGAACAUUCAGCGGCAACCCCUUCGACCUCUCACUCACCACAUCAAUGUGAAUAUCAUGGCAAAUCGCGAUACGGCAGCGAAGAAUGAGAAACCCCCGAAAGCCUUCUCCGUCUAUUCGGACCGAGGUAAACCAUCUACGACAUCCAAACCGACCAUCCAGCGAUCAUCUCCUCUCAAACGUGGCGCGGAUGCAUCGGUCUUCUCUGCUCGCCCCACCAAGAUCUCACGGCCAACGCCAAGCUUCAUUCGACGAGGUCCAGACACCAGUGCUCUAACACAAGCAUCCAUCGAGAACCUCGUAGAGAAGAAAGUUUCGGAAAUCCUAGCGGCACGGGCGAUGAAUGUACCGGACCCAGUACCAACGAAGAUGGUAUCAGACGAAGUUCAGAAACGCUUGGAUACCAUUGAGAAGCGGUUGGAAGGCCAAGACGGAGAAAGAGCCGAAGGGCUCAGCUACCUGUUUAUGGCAAAGCAGCACCAAGCACGCGGCGAGGACUUUAGUGCCUUGAAGAUGUAUGAGCUGGCACAGCCGUUUUUCCCGGACAACGAGAAACUGGAAGGGAAAAUUGAGCGGUUGAAAGAACGGCUGACGAGGAAGAAGCAGGAGUCCGAGGAUGGAAAUCCCCACCAGGAUGAAGCUUUGCCCGACGCGAGGAGGCCGAUCACUACCAAGCAACUGACCAUUGACGGAAUCGGCGCAACCGAAGACGAGAGCUACCAUGAAGAAGGCAAUGAAUCCGAGUACCACAGCGAUGACGAAGACGGGAGUUUGUCCUUUCGGGCACGUCCACGGCGGCAAAAGCAGAAGCGCAAACCGCGAGCCUCAUCUCCAGACCCCUUGACUCAACCCAAUGCUGUUGCCAUCACGCCUCGCACACAACACCUGCUAGAUGUAAUCAACACGCGAAACGUAUCACAGAUUAAAUCACUAAAUGGUCUUGGUGCGAAACGGGCUGAAGGGAUCGUCGAGUAUCUGAACUCGCAACUUGAAGUCGAGGGCGAUGCAGAUCUACGAUCAUGGCGGGAUCUUACAAAAUUGAAGGGCGUGGGGAAAAAGACCUUGGAGAGCAUGAGAGAGGGUGUUCUUGUUUGA